CAUUUUAUGUACUGUAGCUAAUUUAUUAUAUAUUCUAUAAUAGGUUGUAGGUAUGAUACUGAUUUCUAGUCUGUAUUUUUAAAUAUUCAAUUUUGCAAUUAUUUUUUGAAUAUUUUCAGACAUUCCAUGUCAAUUUAUUUAAUAUUUCCAUAAUUAAUUUACUUUGUUAUACACUGAAGCAAAAAGAAUAUAAAACAAAAACUUUUUAUGAAUAUCUUCUCCCAAGACGUUAAGAAAUUUUAUAUACAUUCUUCCAAUGUGUUUUAUAUAAUUUACUUUCAGGCUAAAUAAAAAUUUUAAAUAUUUAUUACUAAUCAAGAAUGUUUAAAAUGUCCAGAGAAACAGUUAAAUAAUAGAGAUGGAAAAUACAAAUAAUACAAUAGUAUGAAGAAUACAAAAUCAGUGAGAAUAAUAAGAAUAAUAAAUGGUCAUAUGUUUUUAAUUUUAGAAAAUUUUAUUUAAUAUGUAGGAAAUUGUUUGUAAUUUCAUUUAUUUAAUUUUUUUUAAUUAAUUUUAGAAAAAACUACAUUUAAAAAUUGUUAUAUUACUUGAAGAAUUGGUGGACAUAAGUAGAUAGUCCUAUACUUCAAGAUUUAUUCUACCUCUUGAACUUUAAUCUCGCUUUUGCGACAUUAGUAUAAAAAAUUUUUAUCUAUUAAUUGUUUAAUCGUUCCUCAUCUUAAAAAAAGAGAAACAUGUAUAAGAUACAAAAUACGGGUUCCUUUAAUAGGUGAAAAAUAACAAUAUAAUUUUAUUUAUACUUCUUCUAAUGCAAAAUUAGAAUAAAAAUACAAGAGAAAUUUAAUGAAAUCAUUUGUUAUCUAGUAGAAUUGAAAAUGAAGUAUUAAAUACUAAUAAACAUUGACAAAAUAAAUAACGAUUAUUAAAUAUAAAAUAUAAAUGCCCUCUUUAUACAUUAUUUUAAAAAUUUCGUUUAAGAAACUAUUUGGUUUUGUGUGAUGAUAGUAGUAACAACGUCGAUGAAUAACAAUAAUAACAUUAAUGUAGUAAUAAUAGAAACGAUAUUUAUUAAAUGGAAAUACUAAUAUUAUGUUAUUGUUAAAGAUAACUUGCACCUUAUAUUAUCUGUAAACUAGUCAUGUAGUAUGGCAAAUUUAGUAUAUAUUGUGCAAUUUAUAGGCAUUGUAAUAUUAAAUAACAUUUACACAUAACAUUUACAAUGAACCAUGACUGUGUGAGAGCAUUCUUUACUUUAUUGUUAAAGAAAAUAAAAUGUGCCUCUUUUGUUAUGUUACAUUAAAUAUUGUUGUUUCUUAUAACUUCCAAACUUUUUCAUGUAAAAAACAAAAAAGUGAGAACUGAAUAUUUAGACAAAUUAAAAACUUAACGAUAUCGUCUGAUCGAAAUUAAUUUAAUCGUGGUGGUUUAUAUCAUUUCCUAAAAAUAAUAAAUUAAAAAAUUAUCUUCCAUAUUAAGUAUGAAAUAUUCUCGUACACCAACUGUUUCUUUUCGUAUUUUAAUUUAAAAAAUAUAAUAAUUUGUUUUCUAAAUAACGCGAAAUUAAUGAUUUACAUAGAAAAUUCUAAUACAUAAAAUUGAUCGAUGAAGUUUUUGUAUGUACAUUCAUUAUUGCGUAAUAGGUACAAUACAAAUGUAUUUUUCUAUAUUACGUCAAAAAAUUUUUUCAAUCAACCUACAAUCAACUUGAUAUUUUUUUUUGAAAUAUAUAUUGAACUUUUUUUUCGUAAAAACAUGAAACGUUUAAUAAAUAUAUGCAUAGAAAAAUUCUAUAAGAAAAGUUGCAAUCUAUGCAUACGCAUAGUGCGAAAUCUGUUUGAAUCAAUAAACGUCAGGUUAUGAAGGUCACGACAGGAUGUAAGAACAAAAAUAAUGAGGGUAAAGAAAGGCAGUACCGUAGGUAAGUAUAAAAAAAGUCAAUUAGAGAUUAGAAUCAAGAUUUUAAAUGUAUUUUUAAUAAUAAUAUUCUAUUAUAUACAAAUUUUAAAUUAUGUACUCAAUGUGAAAAUAUUCUCUUUUGUUUUUAAAUAGAAGUUUGCGAUUGUAUGUUGAUAGAAUGUUCUCAAAAAUAAUUUAAAUUACGCAAUUAUUAUUAUUUAUUUAUCAUUAGAUAAUAACAUUUAAUAUUUUAAUGUAAUAUUGCAGUAUAAUAGACAUAUUAUUUUCUGUUUUAAUAAACAUUAAUAUCGCAUCACAUGACGCAAUAUCAUUAUCAAAAUAUUUCAUUAUCAUUUUACAAGUUGUAUUUAUGAAUUCUGAUAUUAAAGAAUAUGAAUUGCGAAUAACAAAAUUUAAAUUUUCUAUACUUUAGAUUAUUAAAUACAAUUAAAUGAACUUCGCAUUAAUCAAGAAUACAAAUAUGAAUUGCCAUCUAGUAGAAAGAUCAGAUACUUAACGAUAUCGAAAUAUUAAAUCCAAACGUUAUUUCUUUAUUAAGAGUAAUUUGAUAGAAGUUAUACGUAAUGCAAUUAUAAUUAUUUUAUCGAAUAAAAUAAAAAAUUAGAUUAAAAGAUAUUACCUGUAAAAAUAUUACAAACUUAGAUUUAAAUUGAACAACGUAAAGCGUUAGUCAACAAAAUCAAAGUUUGCGAAUUAAAAUUUUCUUAUUAUUUAAGAAAAGAAGUUAUACAAAAUAAUUUCAAAUAUCGUGACUAAUUGUUUAAUACACUCUGAAUUGAUAAACAAACGUUAUAGACGAACUGUGCUAAUUUCCAGAGAAGAAUAUUAACGUCCUACGAAAUAACCAAAAAAAGUAAUUGAAUGGAAAAUGGAAUAAGAAUCGACGCCCACGCAGGUUACAGCCCUGACAACGUAUGAUAUCCGCCGACAAUGCUAUUUCGUGUGCGCAAACAGGCAAGUCGUACGGCGCGCGCGCACGUUUAGUUCGACGCGUUUGCGUUAAACUUUGUCUAGACUUCUCAUCGAUUGGUUUUUCGAGAACCAGAAGUUAUAAUCAAAAAAAUCACUUGUGGACUUUAGUAUAGGGUAGUAGUGAUGUGUUAGAAAAGAGGACCGGCCGCGUGUCACACCUACAUCGUCCAUGUUCCAUCUUCGGUUUGGCAUAAGUACGAUCGUUGAUUCUCACCUUUGCACACGCAAAUCAACCCACCCGCAAAAUCGUCGGACAACGGCAGCCAUCUUUACUGGCUCCGAAACGAGCUGUGGUUUGUGACAGAGAAGACAGUAGUGGUUCUUGAUGCGGUUCACGCAACCAUCUCGUUGCCUAUGCACCCUACAUAUGGCAAUGGAGACGCCGAGAGAGCGUGAGAUUGCCGCGGAGGACAGUAUUAAGGUAGUCUGUAGAUUUCGACCUUUGAACGAUUCCGAGGAAAAGGCUGGCUCGAAAUUCAUCGUGAAAUUCCCGUCCGGCGGCGAGGACAACUGCAUCUCUAUAGGGGGGAAAGUAUAUCUUUUUGAUAAAGUCUUUAAACCAAAUGCUACUCAAGACAAAGUUUACAAUGAAGCAGCUAGAUCAAUUGUCACAGAUGUGUUGGCAGGAUACAACGGUACUAUUUUUGCAUAUGGUCAAACAUCUUCAGGAAAAACGCACACUAUGGAAGGUGUUAUUGGGGAUCCAAAUAAACAAGGUAUUAUUCCCAGAAUCGUUAAUGACAUUUUCAAUCAUAUUUAUGGUAUGGAGGAAAAUUUGGAAUUCCAUAUCAAGGUAUCAUAUUUUGAAAUCUAUAUGGAUAAAAUCAGAGAUCUUCUUGAUGUAUCCAAAGUGAAUUUAAGUGUACAUGAAGAUAAAAAUCGAGUUCCGUUUGUAAAAGGUGCAACAGAACGUUUUGUAUCUAGUCCUGAAGAAGUGUUUGAAGUAAUAGAAGAAGGAAAAUCGAACAGGCAUAUUGCUGUGACUAAUAUGAAUGAGCACAGCUCACGUUCUCAUUCUGUAUUUUUAAUAAAUGUGAAACAGGAAAAUUUAGAAAACCAAAAGAAGCUUUCUGGAAAAUUAUAUCUUGUUGAUUUGGCUGGUUCAGAAAAGGUUUCUAAAACCGGAGCAGAAGGCACUGUGUUGGAUGAAGCAAAAAAUAUUAAUAAAUCUUUAUCAGCUCUUGGUAAUGUAAUCUCAGCUUUAGCUGAUGGAAAUAAAACUCACAUUCCUUACCGUGAUUCAAAGUUAACUAGAAUUUUACAAGAAUCUCUUGGUGGCAAUGCUAGAACCACGAUUAUUAUUUGUUGUUCACCAGCUAGUUUCAACGAAUCCGAAACAAAAUCUACUUUAGAUUUUGGUAAACGAGCUAAAACUAUCAAGAAUGUUGUAUGUGUUAAUGAAGAAUUAACGGCUGAAGAAUGGAAGCGUCGUUAUGAGAGAGAAAAAGAAAAAGCAGCUAGAUUGAAAGGAAAAGUGGAGAAAUUAGAGGCUGAAUUAUCACGUUGGCGACAAGGUGAAACGGUUAAACCUGAAGAACAAGUUAAUUUAGUUGAAGGACUAGAUGUUACGACACCAAUUAAUAUGUCUAUUGAAGGUAAACUUGACGAUGGUCCAAUGCCGGCCACUCCUGGUGGCAAUUUAAUGGCUGGAUCUUUAUCUAAUGAAGAACGACAAAAAUUGGAAGAGGAACGUGAAAGACUUUACCAACAGUUGGAUGACAAGGAUGAAGAGAUUAAUCAACAAUCGCAAUAUGUUGAAAACUUGAAAGAACAAAUUCAUGAACAAGCAGAAUUAAUCGCUACCGCAAGACGUGAAUAUGAAAAACUCCAACAAGAAGUGAAUCGAACACAACAGGAACAUGAAAGGGCUAAAGAGGAAGUUAAAGAAGUUUUACAAGCGUUAGAAGAAUUAGCAGUUAAUUAUGACCAAAAAUGUCAAGAGUGUGAUAUUAAGAAGAAAGAAACGGAAACUUUGACAGAAGAACUUUUAGCAAAACAAACAACACUAAACAGUACUGCUUCAGAAUUACAACAAUUGCGAGAUAUGUCCGCCCAUCAGAGGAAACGUAUUGCGGAAAUGUUAGCAAACUUUUUAAAAGAUUUAGGUGAAAUUGGAGUUGCUAUUGGUGGUGACGAAAAUCUAAAGGUUGCACCUACGGAAAGCAAUGGUAAACUUGAAGAAGAAUUUACAGUGGCAAGGCUAUUUAUUAGCAAAAUGAAAUCAGAGGUGAAGAAUUUAGUACAACGAUGCCAAGGAUUAGAAAGUUCUCAAUUAGACUGUAACAAGAAAGUUGCUGAAUAUGAAAAAGACCUGGCUGAAUGUCGUUUAUUAAUUUCUCAACAUGAAGCUCGUAUGCAAACUUUAACAGAAUCAAUGAAAGUGGCAGAAGCACGUAAACGUGCUUUGGAAGAAGAUGUUGAUGCUUUACGCGAGGAAUGUGCCAAGUUGAAAGCUGCAGAACAAGUACAAGCAGUCACAAAUAAAGAAAAAGCAGAAGAAAAGGAAGCUGCAACAAAGAUGAGAGUAGCACUGGAAGAGCAAAUGGACCAAUUGCGAGAUGCUCAUCAAAGACAAGUUGCAGCGCUUAGAGACGAACUAUCUGAGAAGCAAGAAUUGAUCAGUGAACUUAAAGAUUUGAAUCAGAAAUUCACAUUGGCUCAUCAGCAAAUGCAAGCCGAUUAUGAGCGAUUGAAACAAGAAGAAGCAAAUAAAUCUGUUAAGUUGCAGGAAUUAAUCUUGCUUAAUGAACGUCGUGAACAAGCACGAAAAGAUCUUAAAGGUUUGGAGGAAACAGUAGCCAAAGAACUUCAAACGUUGCACAAUCUACGUAAAUUAUUCGUCCAAGAUCUUCAGACUAGAAUUAAAAAAACUAUGAUCGCAGAAGAUAACGAAGACGAUGGCGGAUCACUUACACAGAAACAAAAGAUUUCCUUCCUUGAAAAUAACUUGGAUCAGCUUACAAAGGUUCAUAAGCAACUUGUGAGAGAUAACGCUGAUCUUCGAUGUGAAUUGCCCAAACUUGAAAAGAGAUUGCGAGCUACGAUGGAGCGGGUAAAAGCUUUGGAAACUGCAUUGCGAGAUGCCAAAGAAGGUGCAAUGCGAGAUCGUAAACGUUAUCAAUAUGAGGUAGAUAGAAUUAAGGAAGCGGUCAGGCAGAAGAAUCUGGCUCGUCGUGGACCCAGUGCGCAAAUUGCUAAACCAAUUAGGGCUGGUCAGCACCAUUUAACCAGUGUUGCUAUUAGAACAGGAAAUCGUGAUAUGGGUAACAGCGUACAGUGAUCGUGAGCAUAAUGCCAAACCCUUCACUUUUACAGAAAACGAUUGCAAGAAUGCUUUCAUGAAUGAAAGCAAUAGAGUUCCAGAGACUCUAAUUUGUAGUGGAUACCAAUAAAUGUUACAACUAUAGUAAGGGUAAUAGACGUAAUAUAUCCACACGGAGCACCGCCAGUUCUUUUUAUUUGUCUCGAAACAAGCAUGUGCUUAUUAAUGCAAAUAAGUGCAUUAAGUUAUAAAAUUAGUGCUGCAUGUCCUAUCGAUUUGUAAAUAGUUAAUUUUUAUAAAUUAUUUAACUUAAUAUCAUGCACGAUAAAUAAAAGUGAAUGUCUAUCAAAUAAUUACGCAAAGGCCUCUUAUGAAGAAUGUUUCAAUAUUUAUUUCUAUCAAAAUUUUAUAUACUUAUAUCCUAUAUCUUUAAAAAGACAAAUGAAUUCCAUUAUUAUAGAAUAGAAAAUAAUUUUCUGAGAGAUACUAAUGUAAUUUGAUCAAUAUGUCUACAGUAGUUUUAACUAAUCUGCUAUCGACAUUAAAGUUUCCGAAUAAACGAGGCAGUACUAUUUAAGAUUUGGUAGGUAUCGCUGACAUGAAAUGCGAUUGGACAUGCGGCUUUGAAAAAAUUGUAGGAAUGAUCGUGGCUUAUAAGUAUUUAUAAUUGUAAGAAUUCUCUUCAUUGCUAUUAACACAUUCAAACAGAUUUUUUCGGACCAAUCUAGAGAGCUCGCUUAACCGAGAGCGUUAAGUUUGUUGGCUACUCUAAAUAUUAUCGAGGUCCAAGAACCAAUGGCUUUACGAACAUUUUCGACAGAAGAAUUUCAUCGCUAUCCUCGUUCACAUUUAUUUUAUUAUAGUACAGUUUUCAUUGCAUGAAUCUUUAUAUACUCAUCUAAUUUAAAUUAAUUUAUUACCGCUUAUUUUUGUUUAUAUCAGAGGCUUUUAUAUUACAUUUAAAAAGUUUUGUAGGCCAAUGAAAUUUUGGUCUGUAGAGAAGUUUUUUUUCUGUCUUAGAUAAAAGUGUUAGUUUACGUUUCUUCUAUGUUGAGCUUAUGCUCGGAAGUUACCUAGAUGUAUACUAUACAUCUAAUUGUGAGCUGUUGCACAGGUCUGCUUAAGUUCCUAAAACCUGUUGCAGACCCCCGAAAAUUCGCUCACACAUCUCUUUUUAUUUUUCAUUGUAACCGUUGAACGUAACGUUAUACACAUGCAUCUUUAAAAAAAAAACUCUCAUUCAUUAAUCAUAUUUGUCGAUAAUUAAUGCUUUUCAAUCUUCAAACUUUUUAUGUACUUUUUUUGUAAUUGUUUUAUUUAUGUUUCUCUUUAAAAAUGUACGAGCCACACGUACUUGAUGUAUUGAGCAGGAGAAUUCUAAACAAUAUUAAUUUAAGAUAGGUUUCUGUAAACUGUGCGCAACAAAAUAUUUGUUUGUGAUACGUUGACAUCUUGUUCCGCGCAGAUUCUUUAUGGUAUGUAGACAGAAAAGAUUAACAUUUUCCUUGUAAAUCAUUGUCUCUCGUUGUUGUAGAUAACAAUGAAAGAAAUCAUGUUUCCAUGUAAGAUCAUUUUUGUCAUCUUCCGUUUUUUAACUUUUGUGAUAUCGAGGGUGAAAUUGUGUUUGCUAACAUGCGAAGACAAGUGCGUGGUGCAUAAUGAGUGCAAUUAUUAUUGAAAUAUUCUUGUCAAAUGUAUAUAAAAAUAUAAUCGUACUCCAUUACAUUUAUUUGGCUAAUUAACAAAACAAUCUUAGUAAAUUGUCCUACACGUAAAAGGCUACAAGUAUAUGUAUUUAUUGCAAAAUACACUUAAUAUCACUGUUUCAAAGCCUUAACAGUUGUCAAAAUAUUGUCAUACAAUAAUGUAUUUUUCAUUCUACUAUUCAACUAAGGUAUUAAUGUAUUCGCUGAAUUUUUCGCUCAUGAUUCGAUUGCUUUCCUAAGCUACUGAAUCGUGAAGUAAAAUAUCAGCCGAGCCAACUCUUUGAUUGUGAAUUUUGGGCAUCGACCACUUUUUCCUUACUAAAUAACAUUUAUUUUUAUAGAGUAUUGUAAAGACAUUAUUGAUUUUUCAACACGGAGGAAGAAAUUUGAAGGUACUUAUUGUACAAAUUUUCGUUAUAAUUAAAAAAUAAUGAAAAACGAUGAUAGUUAAUCGAGUACACGAAUCAGUUUGUUACAUACAUAUGUAUUAGUAAUUUAAAUUGUCCGUAUCUUUUUCUAAUUGACAUACAUGUUUAUGUUUUUUUUUUCACAUUGUAAUUUCGUAUGAUUCGUUUAUACGAAUAUAUAAAACCGGCAAUGGAGCUUGAAAAAUGUUUGAUGAAUUUCAUUGUACAAAAGAAAAAGAACUUCUUGAAAAUCAGAUACUUAUCCGAAGGAGUCCUUUUAAUCGGAAAUCUUCGAUGUAUGCAUGGGAAAAGAACAGAAAGAAAAUCAGAGUUAUUAUUAUUUUCAUAAUACACCAGACGUAUUUAAAAUUAUAAUAAAGAAAAAAAGAAGUAGUUAAACUUAUAAUGGUAUAUUCAAACAAGAAAUAAAGAUCACUGUUAAUGAGGAGAUUGAUCUAUAACUGCUGCCGUUUUUUUUGUAAACUGUACGAAGUAUGCGAAUGUGAAGGAAAUAAAUAAGUUGACAGAUGUAGAUAUUCGUUUCAUUGUUUUAGAAACAUACCGAAAAAUGUACAGAAAAAGUGCGAUAAACUCAUGUAGUUGUAUCACGUGCUUUAUUACACUAUGCGUCAUUCGAGAAAUUAUUAUAUGUUCCAUUAUAUGCGCUUAUUUAAUUAAACUUUACGUCAUAAAAAAACUACAGGCGUUUUGAAAAAAAGAGAUCUAUAACUGAUGCUCGAUGGUGCAUAGCGAAACCUAUAAGUAUCGAAGUAGGUUUACUAUAAAAUAGAAUAAUAAAAAAAAGAAUAAUAAAUUCUUUUUUCAUUGCAUGUCUUGUGUACAUGUUGUAAUAUUCUUCAAAAGCCCUCGUUUAUUCAGGUCUACCUCAUCCAAAGCUGAAGAUAAAAAUGAAGUAGGAAUAUUAAGUUUUCCUAGAAUUAGAUGAUAAAUUUGUAUGCAGAAUUUAGAGAGGCUAUAGCUUCGAGGUAUCAUAGAUUAUGUUACACUUUCAAUUAAAUUACACUCUCAUUUAAUUGAAAUUACAUUUAAGAAAUUAUUAUUACUUGAUUAAUAUAAUUGAUGAUAAUCAUAUUAAAUAUAUAUAGUAGUUGCAUAACUUUUUAAUAAAAUACUACUUAAAUAAUAAUUCUUCAAUAGCAAUAUUUAUUUAAUAAAAUAAUU